UCGAUAACGAUAACCGGCGGCCAGUAACCUGAACAAUCAGAACAGCUGUGGCGCUGAAAACACAUUUUUCUAAAAGAAUUUUUAGGCGCACGGCGCUUUGAUAAAGCUCAAAUAACAUUUCGAACACCAUGACCAGGAACAGCAUCGAAUUGGGCGAUGUGACGCCACACAACAUCAAGCAGCUUAAGAAGCUCAAUACGGUGGUCUUUCCGGUUUCCUACAACGACAAGUUUUACGUGGAUGUCCUGGAGGCCGGUGAACUGGCCAAAUUGGCCUACUACAACGACAUUGUGGUUGGCGCCGUGUGUUGUCGCAUCGACACCACUGAAAACCAACGGAGGUUGUACAUAAUGACUCUGGGAUGUCUUUCCCCGUAUCGUCGAUUGGGCAUCGGUACCGUCAUGUUCGAGCACAUUAUGAAUUUUGCCGAGAAAGACGGGAACUUUGACAGCAUUUUUCUGCAUGUGCAAAUCAACAACGACGGCGCCAUUGAGUUCUACAAGAAAUUCGAGUUCGAGAUCGUCGACACCAAGGAGCAGUACUACAAGCGCAUUGAGCCGGCGGACGCCCAUGUCCUGCAGAAGGCGCUGCGACGCACUGCACCCAACUCUAACAGCUCCGCCAACAACACCACCGCCAACUCGAAUUCCCGCAGUAAAGCCCGCCAGUUUACGUUUGUUUAAGGUUGAGCGGUUUUAAUAUGUAUAACAACCAGACAUGUAGAGGCGGCGAAAACGAUGUAUUCAAUUAGUCCGAUCAUAUCUAUGUGUAAUCAAUAAUUACUAACCCCUGCGCGGGAAUAAAUAGUUCUGUACGGCUCUGGUCAGACCAAAUUCAA